AUGCACGCGGGCGGGACGGGGGUGGAGGAGGGAGCUCCACCGUCUCUUCCUCUCAUUCUGGAGUUGACUUCCGUGUGUACUCAUCGAGCCUCGACCCGCUUCUCCUACACGCCGGCCUUUCGAUGUGUUAGCACCCCUGACCGGCAAUCAGGAGGCCAGAGUUCAAUUCCCGGCCGUCCCCUGGCUCUUUCGCCCUCUCAUGCCAUCCAACUCCUUCUGCAGGUUGGUGCAGGCACAAGUGUGGCAGGGCCAGGAUGGCCUCAUCUACCAUAUGGGCUUCGCAUCGGCUCCGAGUGCACUUACUCCAACUACUCCAUUUCCGCUCCACGGACUCCUCACAUGAUCAGGGACAACUGGGUGGACGUGACUAACGUCCCCCCUAAGGAGAGUGAUGAGGGAAUCUGGGGUUGUGCGACGGCCAGCGACUCUGAUUCAGUACUUGUCACCUCAACCCUGAAGGGGCCUGUUCCAUCAAGAAUGGUGGAGGUCAGCGAACGCUCUAAGGCUUGCCGGGUUAGCCUAUCUGCAAGGAAACUCAUCAGUGACCAUCAUUCACUGGACUUCAUCCUUCCAGAUGUGCAACCCGCUGCUCCAUCACUAAGUGCUUCAUUGACCGCUCCCCCAGCUCUUAACCGGGCUCCUCACCCGAUCGGGGACGACCGAGUGGACAUGGCUGAUGUCCCCCGAGAGGAAUCGGGCCGAGGGGUUCUAGAGAGGCGAGAUGCUCAACGACCCUGA